GAUGUCAGUGAGCUGUAUGGCGAGCAAAAUUAUUCAAAUGCAAAACCGAAAAAAAAAGCCAACAUGAAAAGAGUCGUUCAAUAACCUUGAUACCAAUUAAUCGCAUUCGUUGAUGUUGGUCGUGCAGUAAUCAUUUGAACCUCCAGCAGUAACAGCAACGCACCAUUCUCGAUUGGGGGACGCCAACACCCGGGGCUAGUCUGCGUGCAUACAUCGUGUGGAACGGUUGGUGCUUAAAAAUUGGUUCGGGUUCUUUUGCAACCAAAGAUAAUGUCGACGAAGGAGGCAUGCUACAGAGAAAAAGAUGCAGAGGAAUAUGAUCCUUUCAAGCACAGAGAUGUUAAAAAACCAACCUCAACCAUCGGAAGCUUCAUUCACAUAGUGAAGGGAUCGUUAGGAACAGGUAUUAUGGCCAUGCCAUUGGCUUACAAAAAUGGUGGUCUUCUAUUUGGCUCGAUAGGCGCCGUGAUUAUAUGCAUUACUUAUGCUCAUUGCGUGCAUUUAUUGGUCAGUACAUCACAGAAGCUAUGCAAGAAAACGCAAACACCGUCGCUCGAUUAUGCCGAAACGGCUUACAAAGCAUUCGAAACCGGACCACAACGGACACAAUCAUUGGCAAAAUAUGUUUCAGUGUUCAUAAACAGUAUGCUGGUGAUAGAUAGUAUACUCCUGAUUUGCCUCUACAUCGUCUUCAUAGCCGAAUCAAUCCAAGGUGUUCUUUACAACGAGUACGGAUUAGAAUGGGAUACUCGAAUAUAUAUCCUACUACUUCUGGCUCCUACCGUAAUUAUAAUGCAGGUCCGUGAUCUGAAGCAGCUUGUCCCAUUCACGGCGGUAUCCAACUUACUCAUCAUUACUUCUGUAGGGAUUUCUCUGUAUUUCAUCUUCAGUGAGCCUAUAAACAUUGCUGAGAGAAGUCUGUGGCCAAAAUGGACAACUUUUCCCCCGUUUGUCAGUACAGUCUUGUUCGCAAUAUCUGGAAUCAAACCGGUUCUUCCAAUAGAAAACAAAAUGAAACACCCCAAAAACUUCCUUCGACCCUUCGGGGUUAUGCAGAGUGGUCUUGGACUUCUCACAAUUAUCUAUAACAUAACCGGGUUCUUCGGUUACGCACAGUACGGUGAAGAAGUAAAAGGAUCGGUCACUUUAAAUCUACCAAGUGGAAGCGGCUGGGCCGAAAUUACGCGGCUGGUCUCCGCCAUCGGUAUACUCGUCUCGCUGGGAUUCACUUUGUACAUCCCGAUGGAAAUUAUGUGGCCCCACAUCGAACCGAAGAUUCCCUUGAAGUGGCACAACGUGGGACAAAUUGGCAUUCGAACCGCGUUGGCAAUCGCAAUGGUUGGAUUCGCUCUCAUUGCGCCGUCGGUUGAAUCCUUCAUCGGAUUGUUGGGAUCGUUCAGUACGGCGUCCCUGUCGGUUUUGAUUCCGAUUGCCGUCGAUCUGCUGUACCGGUGGCCGAACGAUUUUGGCUGGUGGCGGUGGCGAUUGGUGAAAGACUCGGUGCUGGUUUUGUUCGGACUGUUCGUGCUAACAGUGGGGACGUACUUUGGUAUACUUGAUAUUGUUGAGAUUUAUCAGUAGAAUAGUGAAUCGGUUAUAAGAUAGGGUAAAAAACGGCAUUGGCAGUUCACGACAAUUUUAGGCAGCCCUAGCAACAUUUGCAUAAUUCAACAAAAAUAAACCACUUAGGUACGUAACACGUGAAGACACAAUUUAAAGUAUAGGCUUUCUUUAGUAUAGAUUUUUUAUGUUGAAGUUGGAAUGUUUGAAGAAUUAAUAGCCAAAACACUUGUGCACCUCCGAAAUCUUUGCCAUUAUUGCAUUGCCAAAGAAAACAGCACACGAAUAGCAAACUUGUACUUACUGUUUUGAGUUGUCCGUUUUUCCUUUUUAUGAUAUAUGACAUAAUAGACUUCAAAUGUUUACCGCUGUAUGAACUUGUUCAGAGCAAAUAUAUUGAAUAUUUGCUUCAAUUUUGGAAGAAAGAAAUCGCAAAUAAAAAAUAACUAUCGAUUUCAUUGGCAGCAGCACAGUUCGGAAUCAAGCUUCAAAAUGUAUUUGUGAAAAUAUUCAGCACACACUAAAUAAAUGGAAAUUUUGCAAAAUUAGUUUAAAAAACAAUAGUGUUUUAUCUGGCUAUUAGGCUGAUUAUACAAAUUGUAUGAAACAUGAUAGCCACAUCGUACUAACGUUUUACCUAUUUUGAAUUCGUGUUGCAAAGUGUUUAAAACGUGUUUUGACUAUCUGUAUGCACAAUCCAUAGUUUACAAGAAGUCCACAAAAUAAAUGUUUAUCUUGAGCUUGCUUUUCUGAUUCAGAAAACUGAACUUAGUUUAAGUUGAGUCAGAUGACCGUGCGCCGUUAAUUCUCCAGUGAUAAUUAUAAACAAACCAGAACAAACAAAUACAUAAACAGAAUUCAACUUUAAUGUCUGGUUACCAAUGAAAGCAUUUUGCGAACAAUAUAAAUUGCUAUGUUAAUAAAAGAAAUGUAGCAUGUUACUUUUUAAUUGAAAUAACAAAGUUUGUGAUAAUAGCUUUUCUAUUUAGUGAGCACCAAUCAUCAAGAAAGAGGCUACAAAUGCAUGUUUUAGAU